AUGGAAAUUCGUCUACAUCUUGUCUCGUUCGGAGAUCUGAGAGAGCGAACAGUCGCCAGGAGCGUAGCCAGGCCGAUCAGCUCUUGGGCCCGGGAAUACUGCCAUAAGCUUUUGUUGGGUAGCAAUACGGAUGGCGAGCAAUCCAAAGCCGAAUGUAGAGUCGUGCGCGAAUGCUUGCAAGCAACAAUGAACUAUCGGGUUGCAAAGACAUGCUUUUGUUUUUUGACCACAAUAGCUCAAGUGCUGUCGAAAUAUGACGAGAUUUUUGAGCAGGCUCAACCAAAUACAUCAUAG